AUGCACGCCUCGCAUUCCUUGGUCACAAUCCGGGCGGCUAAGCGCCCCACUCCUCCCCUACUUUAUGCUGAUAGUUUACUUUGCCAUGUAUUACUGAUCGUCACAUUAUCUGGAGUAUAG